UUCUGCGGCAAGCACGUGUUGAGUACGGUCGUGCUUUUCGUCAUUUAUUUGUUUGGCAAACACCAAGCUCGAUGAGCACCGAUGACCGGCUUGCGAAGUUGCGCCAAAUAAUUAUUUUUGUUUUGACUGAUUGAUUACUGAAGUCAAAAAAGUUAAUAGGCGAAAUGGAUUCGCAUUAACUUGUUUUGCCUAGGACUCUGUAAGGAGACCCUGAAGUCGAACAUGUUAAGAGGGUGCUUGCUGAGCGCAGGCAGAAGGUUGACACUGUUGAAGCCAAGAUGCACUAAGGUGCUUCAGGGCCAACAACGCGGAGAAGGCACUUGGCGGAGUAACACCAAACCUUUCCUGAAGAAAACUCGCGAGGAAUAUGCUCGUUACGACGGCUUAAACCCAACUCAAGACCAACUUGUGUAUACUAGCGGGCUGCACAAUUACAUGCAUUUGGCUAGUAUAACUGGACCAGGCGUGAUGGCCGCCGUCGUCUGCUAUGCUGGCAGUGUUUACUUUCACCUGUGGCCAGAGGCCUCAAGCCUUGUAGAUCGCAUUCGGAAUGAAGUGCCAAAUGCCCAGAUUGUGAUCGGUGCCUCUGUACUGGCCACAUACAUGCUCGCAUCUGUUUACUUGUUGAGGUCCACGCCAGUACGUAUCUACUACAAUAAAUCACAGCGAAUGUUUAAUUUAGUGUUUCAGACAGAAUUACCCGGGUUGCGAAGAAAACAAAGCUUUAAGCCUGGAGCACUAGAUCCUGUGUAUGUUAACACAAAGUCCGCACUCGUGCAGUUUCUUGGCACUUUGAGGGUGAAAAAUGGGUGGCAGAGGUUUGUAGUGUUUGAAGAGCGUUUUCACAAGACAGUAUUUUACAAUGUCCUAGUUGGCUAUGAUAGUGUUGAUGUGCUCGAGGACUAGACUAGCAAGAACGAACUUGUUUAAAUGCUUCUAACCUCAUGUUCCUGUUUGUCUGACUUAAGAGAUCAUUAAAUGCAUUUGGAAAUUUUCACUCAUAA